UUAUAAGCUCUUGUUGUUGUUGUUAACGUUCACUGUGUUGUGCUGUGGUGUGGUGUGCGCGCGCGUAUUAAUUAAAUUUAUUUCACCAUUUUGUUUGCUUAUUUUGAGGUAAUUAACCGAAAACGGCCGCUGCAGUUGGAGAAUAUACGCCGCCGGCAACACAGCGCACGUACAGUCGAAAAGUGAGCGUCGUUCAAUACACAACACGUUUGUUUUGUGUUCCGUUCGUUUCGUUAUUUUUUCGAUUCUCGCGUAUGCUUUUUUUCUCGUUAGUAGUAUAUAAAAAGAAUACUCGGUAAAUUUCCACUGACGACGAUAGCACCAACAAGCUUGCCGCAAUAAUGGUUUUGACAAAUUUCGAGUGCUGGGCACAUGGCGAAACUGCUGAUGCUGUCAAUUUCGAAACUGGGCCGGCGCGCAAUUCUACUGUGGUGGAUCCAUUCAAUGCACGUGUCGUCUCUCACAUUGCAUCCGCCUCGAAUGGUUAUUAUGGCUAUGCAAUUGUAAAUAAUGAAGCCGCUGCUGUGGCUUCAGCCGCGGACAACAACAACAACAGCUGCAAUAACAACAACUUACAACAGCAACAACAACAACAUCAGCAGCAGCAGCAGGCAAUGCAAGUGAAUGAUGACGGCGUCUCUGCCGCAGCUGCUGCCGCUGCCUCUGCUGCGCGCUGCAAGAAACGCUGCUUUGCAAUGGGACAUGAACAGUUGGACAUGGAGAUGGAUAACUUGACGGCCGUCAAGCGAUGCCGUUUUGAUGAUGCCGAUCUGGUCGCACAGUAUUGUAACGACUUCUUCUCGAUGCCUGCCACACAGAUGAUCGGCACUCAGGCUUGCCUCAUGGACUACGACUAUGAUGUGCAGCAACAGCAGAUGCAACAACAACAACAGCAGCAGCAGCAACUACUUCUACAACAACAGCAGCAGCAACAGCAACAAGAACAUCCACGCAUACAUCAGCAUUAUCAAGACAGCCCAGAACGAGAACGAGAACAAGAACAGCAGCUGCAGCAGCCACAGCCGCAGAGGCAAUUGUCCAAAAAUGAUAUACAACUAGAUGAUAAAUGUGAAACGAAAUUGUUGGCUGACUCAGCCGAUUUGUAUAUAGCCACACAUGGCGGUUGUCUGCAUCACUACAAGCCGCUGCCGCUCUGUCGUUCCCUUGAACCCGAAGAAGAGUUUGAUAUCUAACGAACAGAAGUACUAACUAUAUACACAUUAUACAGAUACAAAUAUAUAUAUUUAUCUACUUUUUGUAGUAGUAUCUCGCCUAACCAUAAUGCAUUGUAUAACGUAGUCGUAAGGUAGCAUUUAAGUCGCGGAAACUUAACACAUAUAUAUGGAUUGUUAUUGGAAUCCCAAAAAAGGUGCUUAGAUUUAAAUGAAUGAAGUGUAAUAAAGCUUUAAAACCGACACAAAAAUUGAGAAUGUGGUCCGCUUUGGAAUGUAAAGGAAAAAAGAAGGAAGAUUCCAUAAAAAAAUAAAAAUAUAUAUUUUAAAGUAUUUAAAAAGAAAAAAGUUAAGAUUUAAGAAAAAAAUUAUUUAAAGGAGAAGAUUUAUAACAAUAUUCAUAUUGGUGGUUUAAAUAUUUCGAAAUAUCAAAAAAUAUUGCAUACUUUUAAACAAUUGAAAUCACUGAAUGUCAAACAAAAUUAUGAAUUUUGUAAUUUAUCAAAAGAUAUUCGAUCAUCCAAGAUAAAUUGAAAUAAAUGAAAAUUUCCUUC